CGUUUCAAAUAACAUAAAACUAAAAAAAAAAUGUGUUACAAGUAGAAUAUAGCUCAAUACUUGGAAGAGUGCAACACAACAUCGAAAAGACAUUCACGGAUAUUCCGUCGAUUCGGUUGCCUGGCACCAGGGGCAGUGCCGUGGCCUUAUUUACCGUGCUAUCGAUCUUUCCACCCUUAUGUAACAUCAGCUGCUGUAAUCGUAUGGUCGGUUUAACGCGUGCCAUCGUCCCUCCGAUAAUGGCUAUGAUUCCGGGAAUCUACAAGCACCAUCGCUGCCGGAAUAACGUGUAUCCGAGCAGCGAUGUCCGCCGUUAUCCGGUGCCGGACGAGAGUGUCUUCUGGUCCCAACCGUAUCCGGACUAUCAACCGCCGCUGUACGAAGCGGCUGUCCUCAAGGACAAGGAGUGGGCCGAUCUGGAUGUCGACGAUCCCAACUUCGAGGUCAAAUGGAAUCAGCUGGAUGGCGGUGUGAACCGGGUGAGCUUCGUCGGAGCGUAUGAAAUUCGGGAUGGAUUUCCGAUGAACUUGUUCGGUCGGACCGGAUUGAGAGGCAGGGGAUUGCUGGGACGAUGGGGACCGAACCAUGCGGCUGAUCCGGUGGUGACCAAGUGGAAGGUCGAUGGCGAUGGGACGGUGGUGGUGAGUGAAGAUACGGGUAGAAGAGUGCUCCAGAUGUGUGCCAUCGAGAGGCAUGACUGCGGGGAAUGGGCCAUCCCCGGGGGGAUGGUGGACCCAGGGGAGAAGGUAAGUGCCACUUUGAAACGGGAAUUCAUGGAGGAAGCCAUGAGCACUAGCAGCGGCACGGAAGAUGUUGAACAAUUCUUCAGUGCCGGGAAGGAAAUCUACAAAGGCUACGUGGACGAUCCGAGGAACACGGACAACGCAUGGAUGGAAACGGUGGCGGUGAACUUCCACGACGAGGACGGGUCAGUCGUGGGAAGGUUCAAUCUGCAUGCCGGAGAUGAUGCGGCCAAGGUCAAGUGGAUGGACGUCGACUCGGGGGUAAAGUUGUACGCCAGCCAUGCCAACAUCGUGAAACGGGUCGUUGACGCGCUCGAUGCCCACUGGUAGGGAUUUUCGGAUGAAUACCGCGCGUUGAAUUAUUGAGUAAAAUAAUAACAUGUAUUACAGUUUGUUGUAAUUUGAUUU